GUAUACAGUAAUCUCCGUGAUUUCCGCCGAGCGAAGGACUACCAUGUACGUGAACUGGAAAUUCGUCUAAAACAGCUCGGACCUGAGCAUGUAGAUGUCGCAGAUUUUUACAAUAACCUGGGUACUGUAUACAGUCAUCUAAGUAAUUUCCAGCAAGCAAAGGACAACCAUGCACGUGCACUAGACAUUUAUCUGAAACAGCUCGGACCUGUGCAUGUAGAUGUCGCAGCCUCGUACAAUAACCUGGGUACUGUAUAUAGCGAUCUAGGUGAUUUCCAGAAAGCAAAGGACUACCAUGCACGUGCACUGGACAUUCGUCUGAGACAUAUCGGACCCUGGCAUAUAGAUGUCGCAACUUCUUACAAUAACCUGGGUAAUGUAUACAGUGGUUUAGGUGAUUUCCGCCAAGCAAAGGACUGCCUUGCACGUACACUAGACAUUCGUCUGAAACAGCUCCGACCUAAGCAUGUUGCUGUCGCAACUUCAUACAAUAAUGUGGGUACUGUAUACAGAAAUCUAGGUGAUUUCCAGCGAGCAAAGGACUACCAUGUACGUGGAUUGGACAUUAAUCUGAAAGAGCUCGGACCUAAGCAUGCAGAUUUUGCAACUUCUUGCAAAAGCCUGGGUACUAUACAGUGAUCUAGGUGAUUUCCACCAAGCAAAGUACUACCAUGCACGUGCACUGGACAUCCGUCUGAAACAUUUCGGACCUUAGCAUAUAGAUGUAGCAAAUUCUUACAAUAGCCUGGGUGUAUGUAUACGGUGAUCUAGGUGAUUUCCACCAAGCAAAGGUCUACCUUGCGCGUGCACUGGACAUUCGUCUGAAACAGCUCGGAUCUGAGUAUGUAGUUGUCGCAGAUUCCUACAAUAACCUGGGUACUGUAUACAGAGAUCUAGGUUAUUUCCAGCAAGCAAAGGACAACUAUGUACGUGCACUGGACAUUCGUCUGAAACAGCUGGGACUUGAGCAUGUAGAUGUGGCAGCCUCUUACAAUAACCUGGGUACUGUAUACAGUGAUCUAGGUGAUUUCCAGAGAGCAAAAGAUAACCAUGCACGUGCACUAGAAAUUUAUCUGAAACAGCUCGGACCUAAGCAUGUAGAUGUGGCAGCCUCUUACAAUAACCUGGGUACUGUAUUCAGUGAUCUUGGUGAUUUUCAGAAAGCAAAGGAUUACCUCGCACGUGCACUGGACAUUCGUGUGAAACAGCUCAGACCUAAGCAUAUAGAUGUCGCAGCUUCUUACAAUAACCUAGGUACUGUAUACAGAAAUCUAAGUGAUCUUCAGAGAGCAAAGCACAACCACGUACGUGCACUGGACAUUCGUGUGAAACAGCCCGGACCUGAGCAUGUAGAUGUGGCAGCUUCUUACAAUAACCUGGGUACUGUGUACAGUGAUCUAGGCUGUUUCCAGAAAGCAAAGUACAACUAUGCACGUGCACUGGAAAUUCGUCUGAAACAGCUUGGAUCCGAGCAUGGAAAUGUCGCAUCUUCCUACAAUAACCUGGGUACUGUGUACAGUGAUCUAGUUGAUUUCCAGCAAGCAAAGUACUACCAUACACGUGCACUAGACAUUCGUCUGAAACAGCUCGGACCUGAGCAUGUAGAUGUCGCAGAUUCUUUCAAUAACCUGGGUACUCUAUACAGAAAUGUAAGUGAUUUCCAGCAA